AUGGCCCCAAACCUCUACAUCUGCGCGCGCAACCUCGUCUGCCCAUGGCACUGGUCACUGUUCAGACCCCGCCAGCGCUACCAGCAAGAAGAACAAUACUGGUCCAGCCCCGUCCCGGGCUUCUACAAACAUUACCCCGGUCAAGGCUGGCACCUUGUCCGCCGUGAAGGAAGUGAUCAGGACGAAAAGUUUCCGCCUGCCCUCGUCUACUGCCGUGCUCUGCACCGCUACAUGUUCGACCAUGAGCUCGAGGAGCGCUCCCGCUGGGCCGUGGCGCGUAUGCAUAGGAGUAAAAAGCCCGAGAAGCUGCGCUUUUUCCUCUUAGACGACGGUGUCUCCUGGAUUGCGGUGUGGGACGCGAACAGUCGCUUCAUUCCUGGGCCCUAUCCGAAGUGGUGGCUUGAUGAGGAUGGUGAAACUAUGCAUCGGGGACCGACGCCGCCUGCUUCGGCGGUGGUUUCGCGGUGUAACAGCAUCGUGGGGUAG